AUGGAAACGUCGCAAAUGAUGCCACAAGUUAGAAAAAAGUUGAUAAACUCUUCAAAAUGUAUUGGAUCCAACAGUGAUUCAAGUAGUAAGAGUUAUGUGAGCAUAUCAAAUGUUGAUGAGAUGGAAGAGUUAGCUGAUGACAACAACAACACUAACGUCAUCAACAACGCUGACAAACAUGUUAAUGACAUUGAUAACACCGACAUCAACAAGACUGACAACAAUGCUGAUGUCACUGGCAAUAAUGACAUCAAUAGCGUCAUUAAUGUUGACAAUGCAAACAAUGAUAUCAAUUACAAUAUCAUUGUUGAUAACACUAAUGCUAGUGUCAGCAACGUAUACAGCAACAUGACCAACGAUGAAAAUAUCAAAAAGUUUGAUGCUUACAACAACAACAUCGGCCCAAGUACUGAUUUUAAAGAGAGCACCAUGUCACCGUCAUCAUCGUCAGAAUUUUCGCAAAGCAAUAACAAGUUUACUAAUGAAGAAUGA